AUGACGCAAAUCCUCACGUUUGCUGUUUUAGCCACUUUGAUGGUUAUGUGCAAUAGCGUAUCUACAAAAAUUGACUUCGUUGAAGAAGAAAAGCCUCAAGGAGCGUCCAGCAAAGAAGAUGAGGAUCUAGAAGUUAAACACACUAUUGUAUUUUCAACGAAGCUAAGAAAUAAUAACAGAGGUCUCCAUGCAACAGGUGACUCAGACGCGUUAGUCCUAUCUCGACCAAACAAAAAUGCAAAGACUGACAGUGGAGAAGUGCCCAUCGUAAAAGCUUAUAAAUCCAUCGAUACCACUGUUAUUAGGAGUCCGGAUACAAGAUACAAACAUCGGACAACACAGCGACCAAUCUUCCAAAUCGCGGAUAGCAAUGAUUUCUAUCCUAACACAGCCUUUGGUUCUUGGAAACCAUCGGGGUUCUACAACAAUGUUCACUACUGGGGUCAAGAUGGGUUCAGAUCCCUGUCGAGUUCAGACAUAAACAGACGAGUCAACGAUGGAACCCGGGAAUUCUAUUGUCGCAAAUGUAGAGAACUCAGCGAUGGACCGGUUAGUUGUGGACAAAAAAGGUCGUGGUUCCAGAGCACAACGCAACGCAUUAAGAUUGAUGGCAAAUUAGCGAAAUUGAACUAA